AAUGUACUUAAUUUUCUUGGUGCACUUGGCUAGAGAUCGCAAAAUCAAGUUUUCAGCAAAUUAUUGUUUAAACUAUGGACUAGGUCUAGCGAGCGCCCGGGCAACGUAUUCGAUUGUAUCAGUAGCUAUAAACAUUUUCUAAACUAUGGGAUAUAUAACAAAACUUGUAGUUAUAAGGUGCGGAAAUUAAUGUAUGUAUGUAUCAGAUCAUCAAAUCUUAAUUACUGGUUGCCUAUCUAUGAGACUGCAAACAAAAAAGACCUUCCAGAAGUAAUUUCCCAACAAGAUAAUGCUCGCCCUUAUAUCUCUAACCGAACAUAACGUCAACCUUUUGCCCUGGCCGCCGCGGUCACCUGAUUUAAAUCCAAUCGAACAUAUCUGGGACUUGAUGGAUAAAAAACUGGGUCGUUCUCUUCAUCCUCCCAACACGUUAGAUUUGAAUUUAGAUUUUUUUUCACCGUAAAUUCACAGUAAUUGUUGAAGCACUUUAUAUUGACAAAUAUCUUAAUAAACAAUUAACAACCGAUGAAAUUAAUGUUCACCUGAAGUCACCUUGUACUUUUCCAACCAUACAUUUUUAAUCGAAUCCUGUAAUGAUCUCCACCAUUAGAACUAAAUUAAAUUAUACCAUCAACCUAGAUUUGAACCAGUCGUUUGCACGAUGCUGCCAUACCAUCAAGUGAAAUUCAUGAAAGGGGACUGUCUACGUUUCGUAAAACUUAUUUCGUCUGAUAUUUUCCAAAAUAAAAUUGUAAAAGCGGCGUUAUGGAUAGUUUUCCUCAUACACACCACCAUGACCAUCAUAACUGGAUAUUUUUUCACCCACCAUCUAACCCCUCAGGAGAUUUUUGGCUAUUCUCCGGUAUUUCUCGAAUAUUUUUACAUCGGGACUGUAAUUUUGAUGCUGUUAUUUCAAGGAAAAGUAAUUGACAACAUCCCAGGAGAAUUACCUCUCUGGGUUCUCAAUAAAGCGACUAGAAAAACUUACAAAGAAAUACGAAAGGAGAUAAUUUUUAUUCACGUUCACUGCAUUGCAAAUUUGAUUGUAGUUGUGGUGGGCUUGUAUUACUUUCUCAAAUCUGAAGCGAGGGAUAAUGAAUAUUUCUUCCCGUUUAGAUUUUUCGAGGAUUAUUGCGCCGAUAAAUCCACAAUUUUGACUUUUGUCUACAAAUCAACUUUUCCUAUAAUUGGUUAUCUGUUCUUCGUACACCAAUUUCAGUUAAUGUACUUCACCCAGCACAUAAGGUAUCAACUGAUGAUUCUUAUAAACCACAUAGAAAAUUUGACGGAUGUUGCUGGAACCAAGAGAGAGGAUAAAUUAUUCUACGAUGAAAGCUAUCAAGAAGAAACUCGAAAGAGAUUAAUUUUUUGCUUCAAAAGAUUCAAAGACUUCGUACUGUUUACGGCCAACAAAUAUACUCAGCUUAGCAACGCCGUAAUCAUUUUUAUGUUGACAGGAUAUCUCUUGUGUGUGAGUGUUGCGCUGAACAUAAUAUUUGGAAAUAUUUUGUCCUACAUGCGCGUCACAGUGAUGUCAGUAGGAACGGUUAGUGGUUUAUGUGGUUUGAUGUGGUCCAGUCAAUCUUUGGAAAAUAUCUUUGAGGAACUGUUGUCAGAAGCGAUCAAAAUCAACUGGUACAACUUCAGUGAGUCAAACAAAAGAAUGUACUUAAUUUUCUUGGUGCACUUGGCUAGAGAUCGCAAAAUCAAGUUUUCAGCAAAUUAUUGUUUAAACUAUGGACUAGGUCUAGCGAGCGCCCGGGCAACGUAUUCGAUUGUAUCAGUAGCUAUAAACAUUUUCUAAACUAUGGGAUAUAUAACAAAACUUGUAGUUAUAAGGUGCGGAAAUUAAUGUAUGUAUGUAUCAGAUCAUCAAAUCUGAAUUACUGGUUGCCUAUCUAUGAGACUGCAAACAAAAAAGGUUUGAUUAUUCUCGAUAUUUGUAAGAAAUUCACAAAAUCUCAAAACUAAUUUGAAGUAGGAUCUUUUAUAAUCAUUAAUGGCUUACAUAAAAAAUUAGAUCAGUGCUAGCGGUCUUACACAAUAAUUUUCAAUUUACCUAUGGUCAAAUGUCAUUGAUGGUCACAUACCUAGUUGUUCCAGCAUAAAAAGUGCACUUUUUUAUUCUCCUAGGGCAUAAAAUAUCACUUUACUCAAUCAGCAAAUGGAUAAUGAUGUAGAUAAUCAUUAUUGCAGCUUUC